AUGAUUACAACAAUUAUCUCAACUAUCGGAAUUUCCGAUGCCCUUUCUCUCUUAAUAAUUAUUUCAAUUUUCUAUGUAGCACGUUUUUAUUAUCAUUAUUUUACUCGUCCUAAUCCUCUGCCAGGUCCAUUCCCACUUCCAAUCAUUGGUAGCGCUUAUCAACAAAUUGGAUAUGGAUUUAAUGAUUGGUUAUUAUCAUUAAAUAAAAAAUAUGGUGAUAUGUAUGAAAUAAUUUUGGCAGGUCAACGUUUAAUUGUGUUAGGUAAAGCAGAUUUAAUUGAGAAUAUGAAUAUACCAUCUUCAACGAAGACUAAUUAUCCUAACAGAUGGCCUAAUACGGAAGGAUUUGUAGAAUACGGAUUUGAUGGAGUAGGAGUAGGAUUUAAUAAUGUUCAUAAAUCUUGGAAUUAUAACCGUCAAUUUUUUAGUCAAGCAUUAAUGACUCCAAGUUUUAAUUAUCAAGCUAUUGAAUGGACUAAUGAAUUAUGGAAUGAAAUGGAAUCUUACUGGAAUAAUCUUGGAGAAGAUUAUGAAAUAGACCUUAUAAAAUGGAUGCGUAGAUUUACAAAUGAAAUGAUUUUUAGAAUUUCUACUGGAGUAAAAAAUGACGCUCUUGCCUCUUAUUAUAAUAAAAUCACUCUUGAAAAUAAUAAUAUUAAUCCUUCAAAUGAAUUUGUUGAAUCACUUGAAACUUAUAUUGAAGGAAUUAUUUAUUUCUUCGCCUUUAGCAAAUUUAUUCGCCAUUAUCUUCCAUUUAUUCGUGGAAAGGUUAAGAAAUUAUUGAAAAAUAAAGAUUAUUUAUUUAAUAAAUUAUAUACCAUUGUUAAAGAAAGAAGGAAUGAGAUUGAAAAGACACCACUAGAUCAACCACUUCGUCAUGAUAUGUUGACGUCUUAUAUAACCGCAAAUACACCACGUGAUAUUAACGUUAUGAAACAUGCAGACGCUGAUUUAUUAAGGCCAAUGACCGAUAAAGAGAUUUUUGGAAAUAUACUCGACGCAAUGAUUGGAGGAACUGAUACAACAUCGAAUUUGUUUUGUUUUAUUGUAUAUUAUCUUGAACAUUAUCCUGAAGUGAAACUACAAUUGAGACAAGAAUUUGAUAGAAUUCUUGGAAGUGACUUAACAAGACCAAUAACAUUUAAAGAUCUUGAUGAAUUAGUAUAUUGCGAUGCAGUUAUUAAAGAAGUGUAUCGUCACACUCCUAUAGUAUUUUUUCUUGGUCGUGUAAAUGCUCAAAAUGAUAACGUUGGGGGAUAUAAUUGGCCAGAAGGAACUCAAUUUCAAAUGCUUAUUUCCGUAUUAAUGAAACAUAAAGAUUAUUGGACUGAACCUGAAAAAUUCGAUCCUGAUAGAUUUUAUAAAGUUGAAGAGAGUGAUAAAUAUUUCCUUGAAAAGAAAAAAAUGAAAAAUACUUUUCAAAUGUUUGGAGGAGGAAUUAGAAUUUGUCCUGGAAGAAAACUUGCAAUGAUAGAAUUAAAAUGUUUAUUAAUCUUAGUUUAUAGAAAAUAUGAUAUUGAAUUAGUUGAUAAGAAUUCACCACUAAAAUAUAAACGUGACUUUUUUAACCUUUGUAAAGAAUUAGCAGUUAAAGUUAAACCAAGAAAAUUUUAA